AUGGUCGUCACAAAGGUGGAAAAGUUGGAAUCGUUGUCCCUACGACUGGAAUGGAUGAAUGAUCUCGCCCAAGCGGUCACUUUCUGGGAAUCUCUCAGCCUCGCACAUGGCGACCUACGUCCUGAAAACAUUCUACUGGAUCGAAAUCGACUGAAGCUCUCCGAAUUUCAAUUCGCUAUCAGCUCAAUAUACUAUCUCAUCAACUACGGCUUUGAGGUUGAUGGGGAUCGCUGCCUGGCCGAGGAUCCGUACGACCAUGGUCAUAAGGUUGUGGAUCUACUAUGGGAUAAGGAGUUCCCGAAAUUGGAUGGCAAUCCAUUGAUCAAUGAUAUUAUCGACAAGUACUGGCAUAACCAAUGCGUCAAAGUUGCAGAUUUGGCCGCGCAUACAAAGAAGCUUUUGCAUGAAGGCCCAGACAAAUCAGGAGAAAGCAGAUCAGACGAAAAUGAGCUACAAGCAAGCAACAGCGUGAGAAUUCCCAUGGAAAUGACCACCAUUUCUUCGUGGCGCAUGAUUAUGGGCUACUUCAUCCGUGGACUAUGGUACGCUAUCAGAAACUGGUGGACAUUUGCAUUACAAAAUACCCACCGAGAUGUUGCAACCGCUGAACGAGCUGAUGGCGAGAGUUCCAAUCCGGUGGAUGAAAAAAACCCCCCAUUAGAAGAAGUUCUGCCAGGACCUAGAGCAACGUGGUCUUCUACAGCUUCUUUCCUCCGGUGA